CGCCCCUAGUGUGACCUUGGCAAAAUUUUCUUACCACGGUAGAAAUAGGUUUAUGAGUUAACGAGAAAACAAAAUCAGGAUUUGGAGUUAGAAAUUAAGAUGUCCGUUUCAAAAGGUGAAUAUAGUCCGUUCUCCUCUCAGUGGGUCAACCGAAAAUUAUAUACGCUCAUGUUAGUCAUAUAUACACCUAGUGAAUUGAUCACUGACUCUCCAUUAGUCAUUGACGAUUCGGGAUCUGAAAUUAAAGCACAAGAAUCGAUCACAGAUUGCAAUAAAUCAUGGUUACUUUUGGGUUUAAAGCAGAGUGGUUUCGGUAAAGGACGAUGGAACGGAUUUGGUGGUAAAGUUGAAUUUAGUGAUGCGAAUCCCAAAGCUGCUGCACUUCGAGAGCUGAAUGAGGAAUCUGGUUUAACAAUUAAUGAAUCUUCUGUUGACGAAGUUGGUCGUCUGUGGUUUACUUUCGCUGAGACAACGGAGUGCAUGGAAGUACAUGUGUUUAUCUGCAGAACAUGGACACCUACACUUAAUGGUCACACGGUUGAAUGGCCUUGUUAUACAGAAGAAAUGCAUCCAGCUUGGUUUCCACUUAUAAUAAAUAAAGAUAAUACAAUAAAUACAUCAUCUUUACCAUGGGAACAUAUGUGGCCUGAUGAUUUUUUAUGGGUCCCUGAUGUGCUUCAAGGAAAUCUUGUUCUUGCCUGGUUUCAUUAUCUUCGACUUUCUAAUCUGUCAACUACAAAUAGUCAAAAUUUAAUUGACUGUUCCAGAGAAACUAAUGGGAUCUCUAUUGACUUAUAUGAAAUACCAGCUUAUCAUAUGGAAUAUUUUACUAUGGAUGGAAAUGAAUUAUUGUUUGCUGAUAAAGAUAACAAUUGUAAUCUAUCCAAUCUUCAACGAAUUAUUGAUCAGUUGGAUUUAGAUAAGAAUGAUCAUAAUUUGAGAUUAUGGAUGAGUUCGUCAUUGUAUGAUAAUGAAUCUGUUCUAUCCCCUUCGAUACUCAAGAAAAUUUUACACUAUCCCAUUUGAUGAAAAUAAUUUUAUAUUUUAAAUUGGAGUAAAUUUAGAUAAAACUUAUUUUGAUAAAUUUGUUUUGUCAUUCUUCUUCUUUUUUUGACUGACUUAAUUGAAAUAAAUAGCUAUAGUAGUCAUAGUAUAGUGUUAUUUGCGGUAGUAAUAGUAGUAUUAAUGAGAAAAUGGAUUAUUCAAUUGAUUAAUUGUGAAAAACACUAUUAGCAUUGAUUGAUUACUUUUAAUUGUUUCUACGAUAUCAGAUAUAUAUCGUGUCAAAUUCUCAUUUUAAAUUUAUCAAUCAGUUUUUCUGAUUAUAGAACAGUGAUGUAUAUUCAUGGUCGAAUCGAUUUUAAAUGCAUUUAGUGAAAUGGUCGUACGUUGUAUAGUGUGCUCUUGAGGUUGUAACCCCUAGUGAAGCAUAAGCUCUUAGUCAGAGUGUCAAUAAAACUACAUCAAAUCUUAUUGGUACGCGCUCGAAUCUCCGGAAAUGACUGCUGUACUUUCUUGACUAGUGCAAACUAACACAAAAUCCUAUAUCAUUUAUUAAAAAACGACAGUAAUUUUGAGGGAAAGCUGAAUAUUGGGUAGCACUGAAAUCGUGAACGAGCGUUUCGUUUUGUCCGGGACUCACCAACUGGAUUUAUCUACGUCGCAGUGUUGAUAUUCACAAUUUUAAAAAAUACCUCGUAACUGACAACAAUGUCUAGAAAACAAUCACGAUAUGCAUACGCCAAAAGUGACUGAUCACCUACAGUUCUUAAUACCAUCAACAGAAAGAAUUACAUCCCCAUUACUAGAUUUUAUGACUGUAAUCGUUUUAAAUCAGUUCAAUAAGUCAUAAAAUCAGGCAUAUAUGGACAUAUAUACCGUAAUUUUAAGAAAAUCAUUGUAAACUGUUAAAAGUUUUAACAGUAGGAUGAAAUAACUUUAUCAAUUCUACCUUUUUUUGGACUCAAUGAUUUAUCAUAAGUCUGCUGAUAACAGUUCGUUUCAUACAUUCUUUUUCUCCAUAAAAAUGUUUUGUCAACCUUUAUGAAUGUAUCCUUUUUUAUAUAAAGUUAAUACGCAUCUUUGCACUUAACUCAGCAUGUGUUUUCUUAUCAAACAAAAAAAACUUAUUUUCCAAUCAGCUGUUCAGCAUGUAUAUCAUUAUAAGUAAAAUACCCAACUGAGUGAAUAUGAACGAUGCAAUAUGACAAGGUUUUAAAUUUUACAACAAAGAAUACGAAAAUCAGUCGACUGAAUAACAUAACUGUUUGUUACUUGUUAUCCGUAUUGUCCGAUCAAUUUACUUCAAGUCAUUUUUUAAGUAUUUUUACUAAACUAUUGAAAUAUGGAGGUAGCUCACCUGCACUAUGAUUAUCUUUUCAACCAGGAUGUAAUAAUAAUUUUCGAAAAAAAGGCACGAUAGAUACAUUUUUAUUGCAAAUAGAUUAUUUUCUCCUGAAAUAUACUUUCUAUUUUACAGUUUCUGUUCAUUUCAUGGUUUAAGAUAAUAUUUAUCAGUUGCAGUGAUGCUUAACAUUUUCAUUUCUUCUGUUCCUCAAAAUAACUCCGUAAAUAAAAUUAGUUAUAUGCAAUUUAAUUUUCUUCUGAAAAAUUAAUUUUAUCAGAAGGGGUUUUUGU